CCCAAUGUUUUCAACCCUUCCAUUACAUAUCUUCUUCCCUCACAUUUCUAUGGAAUCCUAGACAAAAACCUCUCUCUCUCUCUCCCUCUCUCUCUCUCUCUCUCUCUCUCUCUAUGUGCGCGUGUGUGUGUGUUUUUAAUGGUGUGUAAGUGUUAUAUAUCAUCAAUAUGUGGCCAAAGCUGGUGGUGAACAAGUUCUUGAGGAACAGCAUGGGAAGCAACAACUUUGUUGCAGACCUACCAGCCGAUUGUUCGAGUUGUUUUGAUGACCAUAAUCACGAGUAUUCUUCGUUGUUGGCUUCCGUCAAGCACUUUAACCGCACUGAUCAAGAAACUUUCGAAAUCUUUGUGAGUUCAUGGAAUGUCGGAGGAGUUGCACCGCCUGAGGACCUGGACCUGGAAGAUUGGCUCAAUAUACGGAAGAGCCCUGCGGAUAUCUAUGUUUUCGGGUUUCAAGAAAUCGUUCCUCUGAGUGCGGGGAACGUCUUGGGCUCGGAGAACAGCAAGAUCUCACUGAAAUGGAAUAGAAUAAUAAAAGCGGCUCUUCAUAAACCUCGGCCUCUCCCGACUGUGGAUCAUUCCACAGAAAAGGAUCAGCAAGGUUCCAUCACCGGGGACUGCCCGCAAGGUUUCCAAUGCGUAAUCAGUAAGCAGAUGGUAGGGAUAUUCAUAUCUGUUUGGGCGAGAAGCGACCUCUGCAAAUACAUCGAGCACCCGAAUAUAUCGUGUGUUGGGUGCGGUAUCAUGGGUUGGUUGGGAAACAAGGGUUCGGUGUCGGUGCGAUUUUUGUUGCGUGAAACGAGCUUCUGCUUUGUUUGUAGUCAUUUAGCUUCCGGAGGCAGAGAAGGAGAUGAAAGGCACCGAAACUCGGACGCUGCAGAAAUACUGUUGCGCUCGGGCUUUCCUGCUGGUCCGCAGCGUAAUUUGCCGAGCAAAAUUCUCGACCAUGACCGGGUGAUAUGGCUCGGGGAUCUGAACUACAGGAUACAUCUACCUGAUUCCACGACUCGAGCGCUAGUCGAGAGAAGGAAGUGGAAUGUUUUACUGGAAAAUGAUCAGCUGAAGGCUGAGCUCAUGAAGGGUCGUAUCUUCCGAGGUUGGCAAGAAGGUGUGAUCAAAUUCGCUCCGACUUACAAAUAUUACCCGAACUCCGAAGUUUACUAUGGCUGCAGUGAAGAGAUCCAGAAAAGCAAGAAGUUCCGAGCUCCAGCAUGGUGUGACCGGAUAAUUUGGUUUGGCGAGGGCCUGAAGCAGAGCCUGUAUGACAGAGGCGAGUGUAAACUAUCGGACCACAGGCCGGUGAGGGCAAUAUUCAGUACAGAGGUCGAAUCCUUCCAUAACUCAUCGGGUUUCAAGUGCUUCCUAUCGGGCAGGAUUGAAUGCUUCAAAUCAAUCAAGAGGACGUCGAGUGAUGAAUUAAGUGUUGCGUCACUUUAACAGUGUGGUUGAUCGACAGAACCCGACUUCACGAGCAGGCAACUGAGAAUAUUAAGGCCUAAUAUAUUCUUCUGUGUGCCUGGGAGGGGAAAUUAUGAGGAACUUCAAUAUAUAAAUCAGCAACCAUUAGAGACAGACUGACAGAUAAAUCCUCUACACAGAGAUAUAUAAGUAUGAUUCCUCUUCAUAAAGGCCAAUGCGAGACAUCAGAUAAGCAAACGAUCUCCCUGACCACAGACAAUAUGGUGGACAAAGCUGUAUAAAGUUAAAGGUCCUGUUGAGAUCUUUUGAGUGGGGCUAGUUAUCGAUAAUGAUUCAGUUAGAUCAUUGUACAAGAAUUGACAGUUAUAUGUAUUCUAUGAACACGAUGUCGAGAACUUCAAAAGAUGAGGGUGUCCGUGCUCCAUCUAGAAUAAGAAUCCAAUACUGCCCUGCAGAAAGCUUAGGGUGGACUCAAAUUGAGAUAUCUCAAUCCAUCGCGUCAUGAUCCAGUUUGAGAUCAGGAGGGCCUGCAAUCUCGCAGAAGCCCUAAUCUCCUAUUGACGAGUAAGGCUCGAAUCGUGUUACUUAGCUCAUUGUUGAUGAGCUGUCAUUGAAUCAUAGCCAUACAUAGCAUCGAAAAACUUUGUUAGUUUCAAGAAGAUUGGGGCUCCAGACAGGCUAUCCAUCCUCCUAUCUCAAUCAUCGAAUGCCUCCUGUGCAUCCAGCUCCACGCCCGUUCUUUUCUAGACUAUGAAUAUCUGGUGCGAUAAUG